AAAAGGAUACAGUAAAGGGGAAGUUUUGUCUACAGGACCUAUGUAUCACUGCCGUUGCUGUUUUUCCAGUGAACCUGGUGUUUUGCCACUGCUCUGCUACAUGAUACUGAAAUUCCUGAAAUCAUCAGAUGUGGUUCUCUCAUUACUGACAGCAUGGAACCAUUGAAACAGUCUGCAGAGGCUAUCAGAGAGAUUGUAAAGGAAAAAGAUCUUGCAGACGCUCUAGAGGAAGGAGGCUGUGAUCUUGAAACAGUGAGAAACAUCAUUCAAGGCAGGCAAUUGCCUACUGAUCUGAGAGCCAAAGUCUGGAAGAUUGCACUUAAUGUUGUAGGAAAGGGGGACAGCCUGGCAUCCUGGGAUGGCUCUUUAGACCUACCUGAACAGAGUAUAAUUCAUAAGGAUUGCCAAGAGCUCAUUGACCAGUUGUCAGUGCCAGAAGAGGAGAAGUCAGUGUUACUUCUGGAUAUUGAGUCUGUUAUUACUUUUUAUUGUAAAUCACGCAAUGUUAAGUACAGUUCUUGCCUCGGCUGGAUACAUCUACUCAAACCUCUGGUGCACCUUCGUUUGCCACGCAGUGAUUUGUACAACUGCUUUUAUGCUAUCAUGAAUAAAUUCAUUCCAAGGGAUUGUUUUUUGAAGGGAAGACCAUUCCAUCUAUUUAGACUGCUUCUUCAGUACCAUGAGCCUGAACUCUGCUCCUUUCUUGAUACUAAGAAGAUGACUCCAGACUCAUAUGCACUCAACUGGCUUGGAAGCCUCUUCUCAUAUUACUGUUCAGCUGAAGUCACUCAGGCAAUAUGGGAUGGAUAUCUACAACAAGCUGAUCCAUUCUUUAUUUAUUUCUUAAUGUUAAUCAUCCUUGUCAAUGCAAAAGACGUUAUCUUAGCACAAGAAUCAGAUAAAGAAGAAAUGAUAAAAUUCUUAGAAACUUCACCAGCCAAUCUCGAUUUAGAGGAUAUAGAAGAUCUCUUCUCUUUGGCACAAUAUUACUGUAGCAAAACUCCAGCUUCUUUCAGGAAGGACAACCACAGUCUCUUUGGCAGCAGCUUGCUAGGCCUCAAGGAUGAUGACACAGACCUGAGCCAGGCCCUCUGUCUAGCAGUUUCUGUGUCUGAGAUUCUUCAAGCAAAUCAGCAACAAGGAGAAGGAGUAAGGUUCUUUGUAGUGGAUUGUCGUCCUGCAGAGCAAUACAAUGCUGGGCAUUUAUCAACAGCAUUUCAUUUAGACUCAGAUUUGAUGCUUCAAAACCCCUCAGAAUUUGCACAGUCUGUAAAAUCCCUAUUAGAAGCACAAAAACAAUCUAUUGAGUCUGGCUCCAUAGCUGGUGGGGAACAUCUGUGCUUCAUGGGAAGUGGCAGGGAAGAAGAAGAUAUGUAUAUGAACAUGGUGCUAGCACACUUCUUACAGAAAAAUAAGGAAUAUGUAAGCAUUGCCAAGGGAGGAUUUAUGGCCCUCCAGCAGCACUUAGCAGAUAUCAAUGUGGAAGGGCCAGAAAAUGGAUAUGGCCACUGGAUUGCUAGUACCUCAGGCUCAAGAAGUAGCAUAAACUCCUCUGUUGAUGGUGAUUCUCCUAAUGGUUCAAGUGAUGGAAAAGGAGUGAAGUCCCUGAUGAACAAAAUGACGGUUGCUUUGAAGACUAAAUCUGUGAACGUGAAAGAAAAAGUUAUUAGUUUUAUUGAAAAUACAUCUACUCCGGUGGACAGAAUAUCUUUCAAUAUUCCCUGGCCAGACAGAGCAAGCCUGGAGCGACAUGUCAGCAGCAGUGACAGAGUAGGAAAACCCUACCGUGGUGUGAAACCAGUGUUCAGCAUUGGAGAUGAAGAAGAAUACGAUACUGAUGAAAUUGAUAGCUCCUCAAUGUCAGAUGAUGAUCGAAAAGAGGUCGUCAACAUCCAAACAUGGAUAAAUAAACCUGAUGUGAAGUAUAACUUCCCCUGUAAUGAAGUAAAAGAAAAUGGACAUAUGUUUCCCAGUCAUCUCCUAGUAACAGCAACUCACAUGUACUGUUUGAGAGAGAUUCCAUCACGAAAGGGACUGGCUUACAUACAGUCUCGACAGGCACUCAACUCUGUAGUGAAAAUCACAUCCAAGAAGAAACACCCAGAACUGAUCACCUUUAAAUAUGGAAAUAGCAAUACUUCAGGCAUAGAAAUUUUGGCGGUUGAAAGGUAUUUGAUCCCAAAUGCAGGUGAUGCUACCAAAGCCAUAAAACAACAGAUCAUGAAAGUAUUGGAUGCCUUGGAGAGUUAAUUACUAAAGACUUUGCAGAGAACAGUUUAUAAAGAAGAAGCAACCAAGAUACUCUGUGUGGACACAAGCUGACUGUUUCCCAACUUAGUACUAACUUAAGAGAAUUUUUCUGUUUGCUGAUGGGAGUGCCUGAGUAGCAGGCUUAAGAUAGGGUAAAUUAUUAUCAGUUUCUGAACAGAAUUUUAAAUUUUUUAUUACGUUUUUUGUUUUGAAGAUAUGUUUAUUAUAAAGGUCAGUUUGUUUCAUUUUUAAUGCAGCCUUAAUGUGAGUGACCUGCAUCUUUCCAAGAGAAGAUGCAGCUGGGUUCACAUUAAGUGUGUUAAAGGAAAGAAGCACUGCCAGAUACAGAGAAGCAGUUGAAAACAACGGUUUCUAAAUUACCGUCUCUUGAACGUAAAAUAUCUCUAUUACCUACUGUCUAUAAAUUUGAUUUUGCCUACUGGGUGGUAUCAAGGACCAAUUAGAAACUUAGGUUUAUGAGCAGAGCAGAUAAAAACCUUAGAAAUACUGAUUCCAUUAAGUCCAGCUUGGGCUGCACAUAGAUGGAAAAAAAUGCAAGGAAUUUAUAAAAUUAACUUUUUUUAAAAGUCUUAUGCUCUACUAGGUUAAAUUAUUGGAAUUGGUGCUAAGAGUAUUUUUAAAUACCCAAAUGAACUGUGCACAAUAAGCUUUUAUUACAGGGUUGUAAUUCUUUCAAUUACACAACAUUUUCCAUGUCGGGUUGAGGCUGUUUCUCCUCUAAAGAUGAGUGUGCAUUGAAGUGCACUGAAACUGAAGUUAAUGCUUCCUGACAGAAUAUGACAGUUGAACACAAGUUACCUUGCUCCUCAGAAACAAAAUAGUCUAAUAUAAUAAUUAGAUAUUUUAAAACUUUCAGUUCAUCACAGAAUUAUGUGCUGAUAGAAGGUGUGUUCAAGAAAAUUAAUGCACACAAAAUGAAGAAGUUCAAGUGCUGCAUACCUAUGUAUUCAUUACUCACUGCCUUCAUUGAAGCAUUUGUUUAUAUUCUUUUAACAAACAUCUUCUAAAUUAAUUAAUGUUUGAUGGCAACUGUGAUUGUUUAUCAGCAACUUUCUGCUUGUUCCAAGAACGGUUCUUGUGUUAAAAAAGCUCAGUACAGGAAUGUCCUUAUGGCCAAGGCAUAGCAUCUCUGAUGUGGAAAUUAUCAAAAACUGAAAUCAAAAUAACAGGAAUUAGCUUUUCUUUGUGAAGUCUUCUGAGUGUUUGAGUCAAAACCUGUGAAUUGUACAUCAUAAGGAGGUAAAAUAAACUGACCUUUAUAAAAAACAGGUAUUCUAAGUUAUUUUACUAGGAAUAAAGCUAGGGCACCUUAAUUCUGGAACUAAUUCCUUCUUUUUGUUCUUAGUAUCUGAGUAAACACCAAUAGAACUUGAACUGUUGAAGAUAUUUGCAUGAAAUUGCACCUGGGCCAAUGCUCAUGUAUUUAUAGUUUUGCCCAGCAGCUGUUGUAUUACAUUUUCCUCUUCCUACUCCUUUCUCAAAAUAUCCUGAAGAGUCUCUGACUCUGUGCCUACUUCAGCAAUGAGAUUUUUUUCAUGUAAAGAUGUUUGUGUUACUGUUUAUAAACUACAGUUGUAAAUAAACCAGUACAAUUUGAACAUAA